CCAUCUUCCAGCAAAUGAACGUGACGAGCGGUGGACCCGGACGGUAACCGUUCACAGAGACCUUCCGUCCACUCGCGUUUGUAAAUGAUAGAUCCGUUCCAUGAUCUCGCACCUUUUGCCGCGAGGAGCGCAUUCAACAGUGUGGGGCGCGGAGCCCAAGUAGCGGACCCGCUGAAGGCUGCGCCGUUCCUGAACGAGGCGGAGGAGUGAACGCGUCGACUGGAGAGGACGACGAGCCUCGUCGGUGUAAAUAUUCGCAUCCGCCGGGGGUGAGUCCCCUUUUGGGGAGUUCGCCCGAAAGCGCGUUCGUCGGCGUUCGUUAUUUUUACGCGCAGAUCAAAAGGAUGACGCGCGGCUCCGGCCACGAACGCGCGUCGUGACGCGCACGAGCGACAUCUCCGUUACAAAGGAAGUUUUCGUUGAGGCGCGCGUCUUCGCCGUCGCCUCAACUUUUACCCCCGCGCAAAGUCCAGGCAGAUGAGAAGGCGGCGUUGACUGAACAUGGCCGGGCCGCUGGGGCGUCAGGGGGCGCUGGUCGGAGCUCCCCAGAGCGCCUGAAUCCGGGUCGGGCUGUUCGUUUGGCGCCUGGCAGGUCGCCCGGAGCCGAUAAUGCCGAAGAACAGGGAGAAAUUCAACCCGGAUCCAUCCAUCCACAUAUCCAAGAUGAACGUGAUCAUCCCGUUUUCACCAGAUGUGCCCUGUGACAGCAACGGCCAGCGGAUGUGGUGGGCGUUCCUCGCCUCCUCCAUGGUCACUUUCUUCGGGGGCCUCUUCAUCAUCCUCCUGUGGAGAACUCUCAAAUACCUGUGGACCGUGUGCUGUCACUGCAACGCCAAGAAGAAGGAGGUCCAUCGGAUCACGACGGGCGACGGCAUCAAGCGGGCCGACAAGGACGACGCGGCCGCCAGCGAGGUGGGCUGGAUGACCUCUGUCAAAGACUGGGCCGGAGUCAUGAUAUCUGCUCAGACGCUAACAGGACGGGUCCUGGUGGUGCUCGUAUUUGCUCUCAGCAUCGGAGCCCUUGUAAUAUACUUCAUAGAUUCCUAUGAUCCCAUCGAGUCCUGUCAGAACUUCUACAAAGACUUCACGUUGCAGAUCGACAUGGCCUUCAACGUCUUCUUCCUGCUGUACUUCGGCCUCCGCUUCAUCGCCGCCAACGACAAGCUGUGGUUCUGGCUGGAGGUGAACUCGGUGGUGGACUUCUUCACGGUUCCUCCGGUCUUCGUGUCCGUGUACCUGAAUCGGAGCUGGCUGGGCUUGAGGUUUUUAAGGGCCUUAAGGCUGAUACAGUUCUCAGAAAUUUUACAGUUUUUGAAUAUACUCAAGACAAGCAACUCCAUAAAGCUGGUGAACUUGUGUUCAAUCUUCAUCAGCACAUGGCUCACAGCAGCAGGCUUCAUCCACUUGGUGGAAAACUCAGGGGAUCCCUGGGAAAACUUCCAGAACUCCCAGACGCUUUCCUACUGGGAAUGUGUGUAUUUGCUGAUGGUCACUAUGUCCACUGUUGGCUACGGGGACGUUUAUGCGAAAACCACCCUGGGCCGCCUCUUCAUGGUCUUCUUCAUCCUCGGCGGUUUGGCCAUGUUUGCUCGCUACGUGCCAGAAAUUGCUGCUCUCAUCCUUAAUCGGAAGAAAUAUGGAGGGAGUUAUAACUCGACCAGAGGCAGAAAGCACAUCGUAGUCUGUGGGCAUAUAACACUUGAGAGCGUGUCCAACUUCCUCAAAGACUUCCUACACAAGGACAGGGAUGAUGUCAAUGUAGAAAUUGUUUUUCUCCAUAAUAUUUCCCCUAAUCUUGAGCUGGAAGCCUUGUUCAAGCGUCACUUCACGCAGGUCGAGUUUUACCAGGGGUCUGUCCUGAACCCUCACGACCUGGCCAGAGUCAAGAUUGAAUCGGCCGACGCCUGUUUGAUCUUGGCCAACAAAUACUGUGCCGACCCUGACGCCGAGGACGCGUCCAACAUCAUGAGGGUAAUAUCCAUUAAGAACUACCACCCAAAGAUCAGGAUCAUCACUCAAAUGUUGCAGUACCACAAUAAGGCCCACCUGUUGAACAUCCCAAGCUGGAACUGGAAGGAGGGCGACGACGCCAUUUGCCUUGCGGAGCUGAAGCUGGGCUUCAUUGCCCAGAGCUGCCUGGCUCAGGGCCUCUCCACCAUGCUGGCCAACCUGUUCUCCAUGAGGUCCUUCAUCAAGAUUGAAGAGGACACGUGGCAGAAGUAUUACCUGGAAGGAGUCGCCAAUGAGAUGUACACCGAGUACCUGUCAAGUGCCUUUGUGGGUUUGUCCUUCCCUGUUAUUUGCGAACUCUGCUACGUGAAGCUGAAGCUCUUACUCAUCGCUAUCGAGUACAAGUCUGAUCAAAGGGAAAGCAGCACCCUGAUAAACCCUGGGAACCACGUCAAGGUGCAGGAGGGGACGUUGGGCUUCUUCAUCGCCAGCGACGCCAAAGAAGUGAAGAGGGCGCUGUUCUACUGCAAAGCCUGCCACGAUGACAUCACGGACCCCAAACGAAUAAAGAAAUGCGGAUGCAAAAAAUCCAAGACGGCCGCCUACAAGACAAUGAGAUGGGCAUGUUGCUUUGAUUGCGGCCGCUCGCGGCGGGACUGUUCUUGCAUGCCGGUUAAUGUGCGUUCUAACACGGACCCCCCUCGGCGCGACAUCCCACUCUCCGCUGUCUCUGUUAAUGAUUGCUCGGCCACGUUACGUGCCUCUAAAAAUAGCUAUAAUGGAUAUAUCAAAUCAAUCGAAGAGGACCAACAGUCCGCACUGUCGCCCAAAAAGAAGCAGCGAAACGGGGGCAUGAGGAACUCUCCGAACUCCUCGCCCAAGAUAACGAGACAUGACCCCCUGCUCAUCCCCGGGAACGAGCAGAUCGAGAGCAUGGACGAGAACGUGAAGAAGUACGACUCCACCGGGAUGUUCCACUGGUGCCUGUCCAAAGACAUCGAGAGGGUCACAUUGACCCGGAGCGAGGCGGCCAUGACGGUUCUGAGCGGCCACGUGGUCGUGUGCAUCUUCGGAGACGUGAAGUCGGCGCUGAUCGGCCUGCGGAACUUCGUGAUGCCUCUGAGAGCCAGCAACUUCCACUACCACGAGCUGAAGCACAUCGUGUUCGUCGGCUCGCUCGAGUAUCUGAAGCGGGAGUGGGAGACGCUUCACAAUUUUCCCAAAAUCUCCAUCCUGCCCGGCACGCCGCUGAGCCGGGCAGAUCUGAGGGCUGUCAACAUCAACCUCUGCGACAUGUGUGUCAUCCUGUCAGCCAAUCAGAACAAUAUCGACGAUGCGUCACUGCAGGACAAAGAAUGCAUCUUGGCGUCGCUCAACAUCAAGUCCAUGCACUUUGACGACAGCAUUGGGGUCUUGCAGGCUAAUUCCCAAGGCUUCACGCCGCCAGGAAUGGAUAGAUCUUCCCCUGAAAACAGCCCAGUUCACGGACUGGUGCGGCAGACCUCCGUCACCACCGGAGCAAACAUCCCCAUCAUCACAGAACUCGAGCCAUUAGCAAAGCCAGGCAAAAAACUGCCUGUGAUUUCAUUCAGUCAGGAUAAAAGCAGUGGGACCAGCAUACAAAUGAUAACUGAGCUGGUUAACGAUUCAAACGUUCAAUUUCUGGACCAAGACGACGACGACGACCCAGACACGGAGUUGUACCUCACUCAGCCCUUUGCCUGUGGGACGGCCUUUGCAGUCAGUGUGCUGGAUUCCUUAAUGAGCGCUACAUACUUCAACGACAAUAUCCUCACCUUGAUCCGGACGCUGGUAACAGGCGGGGCCACGCCGGAGCUGGAGGGGCUGCUCGCGGAGGAGAACGCGCUGCGCGGCGGCUACAGCACGCCGCAGACCCUGGCGAACAGGGACAGGUGUCGCGUGGCACAGCUGGCUCUGUACGACGGGCCCUUUGCCGACCUCGGGGAUGGUGGUUGUUACGGCGAUCUGUUCUGUAAAGCCCUGAAAACCUACAACAUGCUGUGUUUCGGCAUCUAUCGGUUACGAGAUGCACAUCUAAACACACAAAGCCAAUGUACCAAACGGUACGUCAUAACCAAUCCCCCGUACGCAUUCGAGCUGGUGCCCUCGGACCUGAUCUUCUGCCUGAUGCAGUUCGACCACAACGCUGGCCAGUCCCGAACAAGCCUCUCCCACUCCUCCCAUUCAUCCCAUUCCUCCAGUAAAAAGAGCUCGUCCGUCCACUCUAUCCCGUCUGCCAACCGCGCCAACCGCACCAAGAGCAGAGACUCGCGAGACAAACAAAAAAAAGAAAUGGUUUACAGAUGAACCAGAGACCAUCCGAGGACCACACAGGAAAGGCCUGUGAAUACUCUCUUCAUCAACCAAGUCCAUCCAUGGAAAGCCAGAAGUGCUGCCGACACCUGGAAGCUCAGACUCCCAGAUC